UUCUUAAAUUCUUAUGAUUGUUUGGUCCCUUCGUAACUUGUCGCACUGCUACCUCAAAUGCCAGUCUGAAAUAAGGUUUUGUAGUUUUGGUAUUUGACAAAUUCGAUUAAUUGUGAAUGUAAAUUGCUCCAUAACUUAAGUUUUGAGGUGAAAAAUAAUUAGAAAUGUCCGGCUGUCUAGAUAAUAUUCAUUUCAAUAGACCAGAAUGGAUGGAUCUUGGUGAAAAAAGAAAUUCAGUUGCUUCUAUAGUUGCUGGCUGUUUGUUUUUUACAGGAUGGUGGAUUAUUAUCUAUGUUGCUGCAAGAUACCCUGAUACAAAAGAUUUUUAUCAUGCCUAUCAUGUCUGUGGUGUUAUUGGCACUGUUGCUCUUUUUAUGAUAAAUGCUGUCUCCAAUGGUCAAGUUAGGGGUGAUGCAUAUACAACAGGUUGUAUGGGUCAAAGAGGAGCGAGGGUGUGGCUUUUCCUGGGAUUUGUUCUUGGUUUUGGUUCCCUCAUUGGAUCUUGCUGGAUAUUAUUUGGCUUAUAUGUUAUUCCAAUGAAAGAUCCUCAAGGACCUGGUGUUGCAGUGUUUUUACAAAAUAUAUUCAUUUUUCUCGGGGCUCUUGUGUUCAAAUUUGGACGAACUGAAGAUUUAUGGGGAUAAAAUAUUGUUUACUAUCUUUGGCUUUAGUUUUAAUUUCAGUUUAUGUUUUUUAAUUAAAUUUAUCAUUCAUUUCUUACAUUUUACUUAAUUGUAAGAAUUUUUUACAUGUACCUAUGUACAAAAAUUUUUGUAUUUGUCUAAAAACUCAUAAAUAUCCAAAUAAAAAUAUCUAGUUCACAUAUAAUGUUAGUAGUACUUUGUUUAAAGAAAAAAAUGACAGUUAUUUUCAAAAUAAAAGAAAAUAUAAAUCAGGUGUUUUAAAAUCUUAAUUACCAUAUUUGCACUCCAAAAAAACUGUUGUUCAUAGAAAGUUUAACUUGUUACAAAAGUCAGAUUUUACUCAAGUUUGAAUAGCUCCAGUGUGCACUUUAUGAAGUGUGUUUCUUUAAAUACUCAUUGAUUAUUGCUAAACUUUAAUUUGUAGAAUCAUUCCUUUCUUAUAUUCAAAUUCAUUAUAAAUAAAUUUUUAUUAUAUGAUUGCAACUGUAAUUUUUGUUUUUUAUCAAAUGUACUUGUGGAAUAAACACAUUGCUUUAACAAUAUUGAGUAUUAAAUGGAGAUUUUAUAUUCAUAUAUAGUGUGCAUUUGUAUCAUCCAUUCAAAAAUAAAUCAACAAAAGAAAAAUUUUAUAUUUCCAUUACAUUUAUGCUAUUUAUUGUAUUGUAUUUUUUGUAUCAGACUGUUCUUACAGUAGCAUUUUUUUCUUUUGUUUGUGACUGUAAAAUGUAUGAUUUACUAUCAAGUGGCAAUGUAGCUUAGAACUUUAUUUACUUAAGGUGUAACAAAUGUGUGUAAAUAAUCAUUAAUAAACUCUUUCUAAAAAAGUUA